CUAGGCGUCUCGGCCCGCUUUCCCCAUUGUGAGUAAGAGGGUUCCGCUUGACCUUGUGCUCCCCGGUAGUGCUUCCGGGUUAUGGCGAUGGUGUCCCACAUGUGCUGCUGAAGGAGAAAUACAAACAUGGCAUCCAUGGAAGAAAACUUCCCUCGAGGUGGCACCCAGAAAAAACCUUCAGAGGGAAAAGCACCCAGACGACCAAUAGAGCAGGAUAACUUAUUUGAUACGCAUCAUGAAGAAGGAUCCCAGAAAAGGAAGAGAAUCCAAGAAGAUCAAGGAAAGCGGAAAAAGCUCAAGGCAGAGAAAAAGGAAGCCAUUAAAGCUAAUGCCAAGGAUUUUGAACUUCUCACGGUUGAGGCCCUGAGUGAGGGGAUGCUGCUGCUCGGCUGCGUGAAGGAGUCUAACGACUUCGAGUUAGUGGUCAGUUUGCCUAAUGGACUCACUGGAUUUGUGCAAGUGACGCACAUUUGCGAUGCCUACAGCAAAAUGCUGAAUGAGCAAGUGGCCACGGAAGAGCUCCUGGAGGAUUUGAACUCGCUGUCAGACCUGUACCCCCCUGGAAUGCUGGUCAGAUGCACCGUGACCAGCGUGGGGAAAACCAUGGAUGGACACCAGAGUGUCAAGCUGUCAAUUAACCCCAAAGAUGUCAACAAGGCUCUGAACACCACGGCUCUUAGAUCAGGCAUGUUGCUCUCUGGCUUGGUAUCUAGUGUGGAAGAUCACGGCUACCUCAUAGAUAUUGGAGUCAGCGGUGCUAAGGCAUUUCUGCCUCGUCAGAAAUCCCAGAGUUACAUCAAAUCAGCCAACAAAGGGGCUGAGCUGAAAAUAGGCCAGUACCUGAACUGUCUCAUUGAAGAAGUGAAAAACAACGGAAGAAUUGUCCGUCUGUCCAUCACUCAGUCGGAGGUUGCUGCGGCCAUUGCAACAGAAGAACAGAACUGGGCGCUCGGUAACUUACUGCCAGGGCUGCUGGUGAAAGCCCAGGUGCAGAAGGUGACCCCUUAUGGCAUCACUCUGAGUUUCCUCUCCUCCUUCACUGGGAUCGUGGACUUCAUGCACCUGGAUCCGAAGAAAGCGGGGAGUUAUUCACAAAGUCAGACGGUGAAGGCCUGCAUCCUCUCUGUCCAUCCCACCUCCAAAGCAGUACGGCUCACGCUGCGGCAGGUCUUCCUUCAGCCUGGCAGCGUGCUUGGCCAGCUCGCCAGCAGUCGGAUUGGCAUGGUGGUGGAAGAGUCAGUGGUGAAGAGCUUCCACGCAAAGACGGGUGCCAUCUUUGAACUGGACGACGGCACGCUGGCUUUUGCACGUCUGAAGCAUCUUUCAGACACCAAAAAAUCCUUCAAACCUGGGGCAUUUAAGGCGGGCAGCAAGCACAGAUGUCGAAUCAUUGACUACAGCCUUAUGGAUGAGCUGGCCCUGUUGUCUUUGAAGCAUCGAAUUAUUGCUGCUCCGUUUCUGAGAUACCAAGACAUCUGUCCCGGGCAUGUGGUGGAGGUAAGAUCCCGAGAGAACGUGUUAAUAUCCAAUCCUGAAGAAAAGAAGCUGAUCCUAACUCUGAAGAAAACUCUGGUCAUGUCGAAAUUUCCAGUCCUCACGAGUUACGAGGCUGCAAAGCCCGGCUUGAUUGCUCACGGCUUCAUUGUGUGCGCUAGGGAAUUCGGCUGCAUUGUGAAGUUCUACAAUGACGUUAAAGGUCUGGUUCCCAAGAACGAGCUGAGCUCAGAGCCCAUACCUUCCCCAGAGAAAGUCUUCUACAAAGGCCAGGUGUUAAUAUCCAAUCCUGAAGAAAAGAAGCUGAUCCUAACUCUGAAGAAAACUCUGGUCAUGUCGAAAUUUCCAGUCCUCACGAGUUACGAGGCUGCAAAGCCCGGCCUGAUUGCUCACGGCUUCAUUGUGUGCGCUAGGGAGUUCGGCUGCAUUGUGAAGUUCUACAAUGACGUUAAAGGUCUGGUUCCCAAGAACGAGCUGAGCUCAGAGCCCAUACCUUCCCCAGAGAAAGUCUUCUACAAAGGCCAGGUUGUCAAAGUCAUAGUCUUAAAAUGUGAGCCUGAGCAGGAGAAGUUGCUGCUGUCAUUCAAGUUGAUGAGCAGACCUGUCUCUGAGGACGGAGGAGAACAAAUUCCGAAGAAGAAUCGGGAAGUGACUUAUGAAACUGGACAGAUGGUUGACGUGAAAAUCCUGAAGAAGAAAGAUAAUGGCCUGGAGGUUUCCAUCUUGUCAGACAAUGUUUCCGCCCACCUUCCCACAAUGCACCUGUCUGACCACGUGGUUAACUGUAAACUCCUGUACCAUUGGCUCCAAGAGGGUGACAUCCUCCACAGGGUUAUGUGCCUAAGUGACAAGGGAGGACACAUUACCCUGUGCAGAAAGCCUGCAGUGAUCUCUGCAGUACAGGAGGAGCAAGUGGUGAGGAGCUUCUCUGAAAUCCAACCUGGGAUGCAGCUGGCUGGUUACGUGAGGAACAUUAUGUCCUAUGGCGUGUUUGUGGAGUUCCCAUUUGGUCUGGCUGGACUAGCCCCGAAAGCGGCCAUGAGUGACAAGUUUGUGACGGACACCAAAGACCAUUUUGUGGUGGGACAGACGGUGGUCGCCAACGUGACGAGCAUGGACGAGGAGAAGCAGCGUAUCCUCUUGUGUCUGAAGCUGUCUGAGGUCGGCUCGGAAGACCCCGUCGCUGAGAGCUUCUCCUUACUGAGCCAGUGCUUUGAGGAGAUGAAGGAGGUCAGGGACAUUAUGAGCAGAAGAAAUCAUUCCAAGGUGGCCCAAAACCUCUGUGGAUUGAUGCCUGGGCAGAAACUUGAGCUGGUCGUUCAGGAAGUGAGAGGGGAUGGCUCAGCAUUCUUCAACGGCAGCUGUGUUGCUGGGCUGACCGUAACAGCCACUCGCUAUCACGUUGGAGACAAGAGUUUGGUCGCUGGUCAAAAAGCAAGAGUCUUGGUUCUCCAUGUUGACGCCCUCAAAUCAGCGGUUCACAUCUCCCUUCGAGAAGAGCUGUUGAAACCAAAAGCCAAACGGUUAACGGAAAACUCCCAGCACCCUGCGGUGGUGCAGCAUGUAGCGGAAGAGUUUGCCAUUGCCUCAUUGGUGGAAUCAGGUCAGCUGACUGCCAUUCCUGUGGCCUCUCACUUCAAUGACACCUUCCGUUUUGACUCGGAGAAGCUGAAGGUGGGACAGGCUGUCUCUGUAACCUUAAAAACCGUGCUGCCGGGUGACCAUGGUGUCCUGUUAGCAGUGCAAGGCCCAGCAAAGAAAAGGGCUUUUAUAAGGUCCCGGAAAGAGUCAGAGACAGUAGAGGAGGGCCUGGCUGCAGUGAAACACUCCCUGUGCUUCGGAGAUGUGGUCAAGGGAACGGUGAAGUCCGUCAGACCUACCUACGUGACAGUUGCCAUUGAUGACAAGCUAACGGGCUCCAUCCACACGUCCCAGAUCCUGGAUGAAGUCCCCAUAGGCACCUUUCCAACCUCCAGGCUGAAAGCUGGGCAGAAGGUGACUGCCCGGGUCAUUGGAGGCCGAGAUGUGAAGACCCACAGGUAUUUGCCCAUCACCCAUCCACACUUCACUCAGUCCGUUCCAGAGCUCAGCAUUCGACCCAGUGAUCUGAAGGGGGAUGGCGGCACAGCCCUGAGCCCCGAAGGAGACAGUCCCAGUGAGCGGCUCAGGCCCUACAAAUCUGGGCAGACGGUGACCUGCUUUGUGAAGAAGUACAACACCAUAAAGUCGUGGCUGGAGGUGGAGAUCACCCCUGAGAUUCGAGGGAGAGUUCCCCAGUUGCUGCUUUCCCUUAACCCCAAGGUCUUAAAGCAUCCAGAAAAGAGCUUCAAGAAUGGCCAAGCUUUGUCUGCAACAGUGACUGGCACAGAUGCCUCUGAGACCAACCUCUGCCUGUCACUUACAGGAGUCCAUUCGCUGGCGGAAGGAACCAUCACCCUGGGCACCAUAACGAAGGUGACGCCAAAUGUCGGCCUCACCAUUGCGCUUCCCUUCGGAAAGACCGGCAAAGCCAACAUCUUUCACCUGAGCGAUUCGUACACUGAGCAGCCGCUAGAGAACUUCAGCAUCGGGAAGCUUGUCAGGUGUUGUGUCCUAUCCAAUGAAGACAACAAAAUAGAAAUAUCUCUCCGGCAAUCCAGGACAAAUCCAAAGAGCAAAAACAAAGUGGAAGAUCCUGAACUGACAUGUGUUGAGGAUGUUCGGGAAGGCCAGCUGGUCAGAGGCUAUGUCAGAUCCGUCAAGCAGUCGGGCGUGUUCUGUGGUUUGUCCAGCUCAGUUGUGGGCCGAAUCCAAUUCUACAAAGUCGUCCCCUUCUUCAUACCGAAACAAUCCCUGUAUGAGCAAUACAUGCCGGAGGGGAAGUUCCUCACUGCCAAGGUCCUCAGUGUAAAUAAUAAAGAGAGCCAUGUUGAGCUUUCCCUCCUCUCUGAGGACACUGGGAAGCCAAGUGUCCUGCCCGAGUCGCUGGGCCUGCCGCGCUGUGACACAGACGAGGGCAAGGAGAAGAGAGAGGAGUUCAAGAAGCUGAAGGCAAAACGGAAAAGAAGAGUCUCAGAAGGCGAACAGGAGGCGAAGCCCAGGAAAAAGCGAGCUUGCCUGACGGACGAGGAUGACAGCGGCAUUGAGGUCUAUUGCCGGGAGCAGGAGGAGGAGGAGGAAGAUGAGGAGGAGAAUAAAAGGAAAUCCAAGCAGGAGACAAAACGUGCGGAGGCUCCCAGGCUGCAGGUUUCUAGUGGCUUCACUUGGGACGAGGGUUUAAAUGCCCUGGAGGUGCCAGUAUCGAAUCGGAAAGAGGAGAGCUCAGACAGCGAGGAAGAGGACGACACACAGUCCAUGAGGAAGAAGCAGACGAAGAAGGAGAAGGAGCAAGAGAAGCAGAGGGUGGAGAAGGAGCUCUCCAAGAUCGAAGCCGCCCUGAUGGAUCCCAAUCGGCAGCCCCAGACGGCAGACGACUUUGACCGCUUGGUGUUGAGCAAUCCCAGCAGCUCCAUCCUGUGGCUACAGUACAUGGCCUUCCACCUCCAAGCCACGGAGAUCGAGAAGGCCAGGGCGGUGGCGGAAAGAGCACUCAAAACCAUCUCCUUCAGGGAGGAGCAGGAGAAGCUGAACGUGUGGGUAGCUUUGCUGAACCUCGAGAACAUGUAUGGCACGGAGGAGACUCUGAUGAAGGUCUUCGAGAGGGCCGUUCAGUACAAUGAGCCCCUGAAAGUCUUCCAGCACCUGGCUGACAUCUAUGCCAGCUCUGAGAAAUACCAGCAAGCUGAUGACCUGUACAACACGAUGCUGAAGCGGUUCCGCCAGGAGAAAUCCGUGUGGUUGAAAUACGCCACCUUCCUCCUGAAACGGGGCCAGGUGGAGGCCACGCACAGGCUCCUGGAACGCGCCCUCAAGGGCCUGCCAAAUAAAGAACAUGUGGAUGUGAUUUCCAAGUUUGCUCAGCUGGAGUUCCACUUUGGGGACCCCGAACAUGCCAAGGCCAUUUUUGAGAGCACGCUGAGCAGCUACCCAAAACGCACGGACAUCUGGUCCAUCUACAUAGACAUGAUGAUCAAACACGGCAGCCAGAAGGAAGUACGGGAUAUUUUCGAGCGGGUCAUUCACCUGAGCCUGGCAGCGAAGAGGAUGAAGUUUUUCUUCAAGCGUUACCUGGAUUACGAGAAGAAAUAUGGCACGUCGGAAACCAUCCAGGCUGUGAAAGUAGCGGCGCUGGAGUACGUAGAAUCCAAGAGCUCUCUUGCCGAGAGCUAACUCCCAGAGCAGAGAGACUCAAAUCAUGUUGCAGACUCUGUGUAUGUGGUGCUGGAGGCGGAGAUCCACAGUAAUGGGCUGCCUGUGUCCAUAACUAGUGCGUUUCCUGAGAGGACCAGCAGCCGGCUGGAUUGUCCAGGACCAAAGUGAGGUGGAAAGAAGUCAACAUUUACAGGCGCUUUCCAUCUUGCCCCACUGUACAACAGACUUUUAACGUGUGGAUGAUUUUGGAUCUAGUUAUUUAAGUGCUGAUUGUUUUAUACCUGGUAGAAACUGCUGUCCUCUGUACUGCUUUCCUGUGGAAAUGGGGCAGUCAGUGACUCCCCAUCAUUAAAUGCAAUGACCUGG